ACAUGGUAGAAACGCGCCAGUCAUCUGUGCACACUGUUAUCGUGGAAAAUUGACGUCAUGAUAACAACUAAUUACUAAUCUCACAGAUAUACCCUGCAGAUGUAGCCAAUGAAUAAACUACAGUCGACUGUUCGGGGAGAAGACUUAGUUUAAUCCGGUGUUCAUCGUAGCACGAUGCUUUACCAUACUGGUUUCCACGAGCAGUUAGGCUCUAUAAUGGACAAGUUAGCCAAGGCGGCUAUGACCGAAAUUUGCAGGCUUGUCGAUGACGGUUAUGCAGUGUUACGGCUGGAGAUAUCUCAAAAGCAGAAAGAAAAUGAAGACUUGAAGGGCAAAUUAAAGAUGUUAGAGCUGGUACUUGCACAAGAAUAUAGGGAGACAAGUGGGACAAGCCGGGUCGAUGCAAUAAACAGCUGUUCUAACUCUGAUGUCCAGGAUCGCGACAAAUUACAGGGGGCUAAUUUUCCCAACAAAGCCAGAGACCUUGACAUGCAGUUGGGUGUGGGUGUGUGGAGAGAUGGAGUGUGCACCGCUACCGACCGCUCCUUACAACCUGCACUAAGCGUGUCCCAGUGUGUAGCUGUAAAUGAGAGAAAGCCAGAAUCUCUGUUUAUCAAGGAGGAAGAUGCUGAAGAGGAAUUUGGAAGCAGAGUUCAAGAUGUGGAUAUCAACGUCAGUGACCAAAGAACAGAGCAGGUGCUUCUGGAUUGUGAGAAAGCUGCUCUUAUUUUGGACAAGGAAAGUCUUUCUCUGCCCCAGGGGAUCACUUAUGAUUUUUGGGAGAGCAGUGCAUUGGAAACUGAUCUAAAAACAGAGAAAGAGAGUAGAAACCAACGAUCCCAGCAUGCAAUAUCUGAACACAAUCUACAAACAGUGAACAAUAUGAACUCUGAAUACAUUAUGUAUGAGACUCCCAAUCAGUCAAGGUCUUUUUGUCAAAAUAAAGGAGAAAUGGACACUGAACACACUACCUAUAGCUGUAAAAUAAAGAACUUGUCUGUUCAGCCAGAGCUACAGUGUACUCUGCCUACAGAGAAAAGUUCUGAUAAUUGUUUCCCUCGUUUUGGAUCUCUAGAUGAAAAACACAAAGUUAUUCAAACCAACUCAUUGUCUUUCAGUAGGGAGUAUGAAGUGUGUUCAGCAUGGAAGAAAGACACAGAGGUGGGAGUGGUUCACGUGCAACACAAGCAUGAUGGUGAAAAUGGGCAAAGAAAGGGCACUGAGGCAGGCAGUGUCACCAAGAGCUGUUUGAUGGAUGCACAAAUGACAGCUGUAGCAUUUUCAACAGCUCCUAGAUCGUAUGCCGCAGAUGUUGACAUGUUUAUACCUGGUUAUAAAUGUUUUACUGCAUCAGAAAGUGUGAAGACGAAUGCCAGAUUUGGAACACGAAAGAAAAGGUUUGUAUGCAAAUAUUGUGGGAAGAGUUGUACUCGUUCAACUGGUCUAAAAAUACAUCAGAGAGUUCAUACUGGAGAAAAACCAUUUAGCUGUACAUACUGUGACAAAAGGUUUUCAGAUGCAAGUAAUCUUAGGAAACAUCAAAGAUUUCACAGUGGAGAAAGGCCGUUUAUUUGCGUCCAUUGUGGAAAGAAAUUCAAUCAAUCCUCCAAUCUUAAAACACAUUUGAAAGUUUAUCAUGAUUCUUGAGGACCCAUUUUGAAAUCAUAUAUUGUUACAUAUAAAUAUUAGAAUUUACUAGCAAAUGUGUAUUGUACUAAUAUCUGUGAACAUGCCCCAAUGUUUUGUACUGUAUAACCUUGAUUUAAUAAAAUAUUGUUACAAAUAUUAUA